AUGUCCUUAACUGACCAACUGCAUCUGCAUGAACCCCCUGCCCUCUGCCCCCUGCCGUUUCCUCCUAGUUGCGUGGGAUGCCUCUGCAUCUGCAUGAACCACACCAACCCCCUUCCCUCGUUUUCCCCUCACCCUCUUUCCCUCCAUCUUGCGUCUCUCCCUCCCCUUCCAUCUCCGACCCACGCCUCGCACCUGCCCCUCCGCCUUGUCUCCCUGCCCUGGCUCUCUGCCUCCAUUGCUGCUGGCGUUCGCCUGCCAGAGCACAUCUUCUUUCCCUGCUUCAAACAGCUGCCUGCGCUUGUAGGGGGGCCGGGGGGAGGGGAGAGAGAGGGGAGAGCGGGAGAAGGAAGAGGUGGUGGGGGAGUAAGAGAGGGAGGAGAGGGUGGGGAAGUGGGAGAGGAAGUGCGAGGAGAAGGGAGGCAGGGCUUUGGUUUGUUAGAAAGGGAGCAGUGGAUAGAACGUGGGGUGGAAUGGAAGGAGUCUGGGAAAGGGGCGGAAGGGGAGGGAGAGGAGGAUGAGGAGGAGGAGGUUGGGGAGGAGGAUGUGGGAUUGGAGACAGAGGGAAGGGAGCGGGAAAGGGUAGGAGUGGUGAGAGGAGUAGUGGGACCACAUUCUGAGUGUGUGGAGUGUGAUGGGGAAGGGAUAGUGCAGAGGGAGAUGAUGCAACGAGCAGCAAGGCAUGAAGAGAUCAGAAGUGAGAGGUGCGGUGUGGAAGCAGGAGGUUUGGACAGCCGAGAAGCGGCCUCAGCAGGCCAUGGGGGGUUGGAGGCGAGAGGGGCGCAUGUGCUUCGCUGUGCGGAAAGGACUUGCAGUCAUGCAGAAGCAUGCAGUGCCACUGCAAGUGCACUGCUGGGCACCUAUGGCAAUCUGGUCUCGGUCUCCCGUGACACACGUGACAGCCGUGACCGCGAAGCAUGCAGGACCGUUGUAACCGCUCUGCAUGACUUGCCACAACGCCUUCCCACAGCUCGGACCAGAGUUUCUGACGCAGCAGAAUGUGAUUCAGCAGAAUGUGUUGACGCAGCAGAAGGCAAUUCAGCAGAAGUUGACGCAGGAGACAGUGACUCAGCAGAAUGUGACUGUGACGCAGAACGAAACUCAUCAGAACGUGACUCAGAAGAAGUUGACGCAAGAGAAGGUGACUCAGCAGCACUUCGGUUGACUUGGAAGGAAAAGGAGCGCGACGCUCGGGAGAAUCACAAACAGCAGCGAGACUCACAGGACCGGCUGAGAUCUGAUUCCUUGCAGGAGUUUGCAGAAAGAGAGGUGCCUUUUGACGAAGCAGACAGCCAGGUUCGGAGCGAGUGGCUCGGAAGUGGUUCCGAGCCUCCGGGAGCAGGCUUGGAGAGCCUUGGGCUGGUUAGCGAGGCACAGGAUACGGUUGAGAUGGGUGGUAAUGAGUGGAGAGAGGAGACGGGAUAUGCAGCAGCCGAGGUGGUGCGAGAGACAGAGAGGGUGGUAGAUGAAGGAUCAGGUGGGUUGGACGAUGGGGGGGAUCUACGAGACGUGAUUGCAUUGGGUGAUGUCUCAGGGCCUGGGCCUAUCUCGCCUGGUGAGAUGCUACUGGCUGCUGCUCAUGCUGAUUCCGGUGCUGCAUUUGUGCACGCUGGCAAUGACAUCCCUGACAUGCUCCACACUCCAACAUCCCAUCUCUCCUCACAGCUCCCUCCUGUCAUUUCCUUUCCUCCUGCUGUCACUGUGUUGCCAGCCACAGCCCUCACUCGCUCCCCUCCUCCUCAUCCGCCUUCUCAUCCGCAUACUCUCGAGCUGCUACCUGCCGAACCUCGGCCCUCCAUGCCUCAGGACUUGGUUCGGCAGCAGUCCAAACCAGGGUCGUGCAAGGUGAGAGAGUGUGCACUGCCUGAGGUCUGGUGGGAGAGCAGCAACAUACACGAUCUCUGCUGCUGCACAAGUUGCUGCUACAGCUGCUCCGCCGCCUGCCCCCACUCCUGCUCCUCUUCCUGCUCCUGCAGCUGCAGCAGCGGAGGCGGCGGCAGCAGCAGCAGGGAGAGGGUGAGCGGCAGCAGCGGCGGCAUUGAGAUGCCCUGGGCGUGGGGGUGCGUGCGUUGGGAGAGGCGAGUGGAGGCAAUGGAGCAAGCCAAGGGGCUUGUGCGGGCGCGCAGGGGUGGACAGCGACAGCCUGCCAGCUCGCUACCCCGCCCUCCAGCCCCCUCAGUCCUCCUGGACGAUCUGGCUUGGAGUGUGUCCGAGCCUCCCACCGAGGCUCGGAUGCUGGGAAGUCUGGUUUCAGGAGGUGUGGAGGAAGUGGGGAUGGGGGAAGGGCAUGGUAGUGACGGUGCUGCCGGUGCUGCCGGUGCUGGUGGAAGUUGUGCUUCUGUUGGGACCAGGAUGCAUCACAGCCAGCUAUCAGCGCUCCUCUACCCGCACGCAUUCCUCACGCUGCUCUUCCCUCUCGACGUGUACUCCGAGGUUGCCCCCUCCGCCCGCUCCUACUUCUCCCCUGCGGGCUUCUCCUCGCUGCGCCUCCUCUCCCUCGUGUAUUCCUUCUACCAG